UGGCAGCUGUGAAAAGACGAGGAGAUCGGGACUGUAGGUGAUGAGAAGCGACGGGCAACGUGUGCUAAGCGCUGACAAACCUUUAACUUUUUGAUUUAUUUCUUACGUCGGGAUCAGGUAUACGAAAAAAUGCCACACCCAGCAUCUGCAGUGGAGAAUGUUGCUAAUGGGACACGUGAAGUGUUUUACAAAGCUAACCAUCCACAGCUGAGUCAACAUCUAAAUGACUGCAUCAGAAUAGUGAAAUCUUUGAGAAAUCAGCAGACACAGUUUGACUCUACAGCACCACUGAGUGAAUGGUUGGAAGAAAAAAUCAUAGCCAUUCAGCAUCUGUAUGAGUCAGAAAUCCAGGCCCUUCAUGAAAAACUGAGACAGCUUAGCCAUGAGAAAGCAAGAAUGGAGCUCAAUAACUUCCAUGCCUGCCAAACUGCUCUCAACUAUGAAAACAGAAUAAGUACAAUGAAUUCUGAGCUGUUUCGCAGAGAUGAAGAGCUGAGAAAUCUGCGCCUCCUUCUAAAAGAAAAUGUAAAUAAAGGGAGGAGCUCAUCGUCUGUGUCAAUGUCUUCCGUGUAUGACUUGGGUAGCAGUGACCGUGAAGAACUCUCCCAACGUUUCGAGGAGGCUAAAGAUAGGUAUGAAAAUGAAUAUUUCCAUAGAUUGCAGCUUCAAGAUGAAGUGCAGAUGCUAAAGCAAAAAUUGGAACUGCAGGAAGGAUUUUAUUCUCAAGAAUCACAGAAAAUGAGAGAACGGAUUUCUGGUUCUGAAUUAUAUAUUCUUCAGUUAGAGGAACAGCUUGCUGAGCUGAAAAGAAAACAAACUGGUUUGGAGGAAAAGGUUGGGGAAACAAAUGCAGCGGAUGAAACACAACCAAUGUGGUUCAACAAAGAAGCAGAAAAGGACUUCAGUGAAAAUCUAUUAGACUCAAGCAUGCAGCAAAUUAGUGACCAAGUAUAUCAAGAGAAGACUGGAAAGGACAACCUUCAACAGCAGCUACAGGAGUUGACAGGGGAAUUCACUGCACUGGAAACCAUGCUGCUCCAUGAAGAAUCUAACAACAGAAGUCUCAUUGAGAGGCUGCAACAGGAGAGAAUGAAGGAUCAACAGCAAAUUCAGAUCUUGGAGGCCAGACUAGAGGGAAUGCAAAAUCAACUGUUGAACAAAAUGAAAAAAACUGAUCAUAUGGAGUCCAAAGGAGGACAAAUGCAGAGAAGAACUGAUUAUUUCCAGGACAUAAGAAAUGAAGAAGACAAUUCUGACAGAACAGGAAUUAGUGUGGCACCAGUCAAACCUGUGAGACCCUCCACAUCCUCAGGAAUACAAAGAACUAGAAGACAGAAGGAUAUUGAUGAUUUUGAAGGCCUUGAGCCUCACCAUCGGUCCUUCUCCGUGCCUCCUUCUCUUGGCCAGAAGACUGAUGAUACUGAGCAGGAAAUGGCUUCCCUGUUUAUAGAGCCAAAGGAGAAAUCAAGAUCUUCUGCUGCAUCUGAGAAGAAAAGUAGACCCUCCACUGCACAGGAUUAUAAUAACACAACAUCAUGUGCAACUGGAAAUAUCAAAAUUGUUGAGGUCAGCACAAAAGGAAUUUUUAUUAAGCUUGUAAAUACUUCUGAGCAGGAAGAGGAUAUUGGUGGAUAUGUUCUACAACAGAAUGUUAGAGGACAUCCUGUGGCGAUAUUUAAAUUCCCUCCCAGGCUAAGAAUGAAUGCUACUUCUACUGUAACAGUGUGGUCAGCAGCAUCAAGAGUUUCCCAUAACCCUCCAGUAGAUUUUCUUUGGAAAGAGCAGAAUCUUUUUGGCACAGGCACAGAGUGCACUACUAUCUUAUGCAAACCAAAUGGCCAGGCGGUGGCCUGGUAUACACCUGUUCAUUGGAACCCAAGAUUGCAAGAAGCUUGGCAAAGUGACGAAUUUAACAGCGUGAUUCAUGACAAAGAACGUUCAGCUGCAUCAGAUCAUGAUGAUGAAUUGAUUGUGCAAAAAGUUAAUGAGAUGGCAGUGGCUGACUUUGAGCCACUGCAUAAUGUACAAUCAAAAUCACUUCCUAACUCAAAAGAAGAGGAGCAAACAUUUUUGCUGAAAAGGGAAAAAGAAGCCCCUCUUGUACUCUUUCCUACUCGAAGUCCAUGGGCUCAGAGCAGCAGCACACCGACUCACCCAGCGUACACUCUGCCCAGGACACUGGCAAAGGGCAACGAUGGCAGCAGCUUGUGCAGGCAGGCACGAUCCCAGUCGGCAAGACCGGAUCCAACUGUUGGUGAACUGUAUGCCAGCAGCAUGAGUAGUAAGAGUGCUGACCCCAGGAGGGCACACAAUGUUGGUGCCCACAGAAGAGGUCCAACACGUUCAGCAGGGCAUGGAUCUGGUGGGGUCCUCUAUGUAGGAACUCCUUCUCCUAUGGCUUCUCCUCUGCAGAAAUUUAACUCCAGUGCUUCCCAAAAUAUGAUGCAGCCGAGUCAAAUGUACUUCUGUUCUGAGUCUUUGGUUUCAUUCUAAGUGACAGUGGGUGGCAGAUACAGGAUGUUCUUAUUGGAAACAUAAAUUCAGCAAUAAUUAACAUAAAAUAAUAUUAAUAAAUAUUAGAAUGCUGUCUCCUGGAAGAAAAAAAAUCACCUUUAUUUUACAUUAAUUUUCAAAAUGUCAUCCAUUCCUAACCUGUAGAUGCUCUGCAAAAAUAAAUCCUUUAGU